AUGAAAAAACAAAGAAAUCCUCAUCUAAUUAGCAAAAAUUAUAAAGGAAUUCCAAUUGGAUUUAAUCUUAAUUUAAACCGUACCGCUAUCAAGAGGAUACAAGAUACACGUGAAAAGUAA